AUGGGUCCCCGGUCACAAAUGCAAGUUAAUCCCUACUAUCAAUGCAAUGUCAUGCAGGAAACUUACACACCAAAUGAUGCCACAGAAGAGAUUGCAGUACAAGAAGAAGAAGAAAUGAAAUCCCACAGGAUCAGGACUCCCCUCCAAAUGAGUAUCUCAUGCAUAUUUCGGCUCAUGCAGUUUCAGGGCUGGUCACUGCUGGCACAUUUUAAGUCAAGGUCACUGUUGGUGGACAAACAGGCAUUGCCCUUAUUGAUACCGGCAGUUCAAGUACAUUCAUUGAUUUGUCUUUCGCAGUUAAAACCACUUGCCAUAUCCAAAAAUUCGGCUAAAAUAGCUGUGGCUGGGGGAGGCCAACUUACAUCUGGGGCAAUCAUAGCAGACACUGCAUUCUCUAUUCAGAAACAUGCCUUCAACAACAACCUUAGAGUCCUGGACUUGAAAGAAUACGAUGUCAUGAUUGGCUCUAUAAACAUAGCCCAUUUGCCCUCAAUUUGA